ACAGAAAGUUUCUUCAGGUCUUCAUAGAAGUUUUCUAGAAAUCCACAUCGUCUUCUUCAUACACAAACAGAAGCUCUUUAUGGAAAUCUCAUCGGCUAAAUGGAUGUCUGAGCUGGAAAUGGAUGAUUCCGCCUUCUUCAAUCAAUACCAAAUAAGCCCUCUUGAUUACCCACUAGACGGGUUUUAUUUUCAAUCCCUUUGCUCCGGCAGCUAUUACCCAGAAAGCACUCAAAAAAGUAGCUGUUCUUACAUUGAACCCUCUCACACUGGUGUUGAGAGGCCGGCAAAACAGUUAAAGACCGACAGCUGGAACUAUUUCACCACUGAACUUACAGCUCCUAAGCGUUCUCCUUCUUCCUCCUCACAAAUUAUUUCAUUUGACAACUCAGUCUCAUCGUCUCCAGCCAUUAAUCAGCAAGCCUAUGGUAUAAAAUAUCCCAUGAAUCCUAAGAGCGGGGCAACUGAGUCUCGUGGAAACAUCAAUUUGUCAUCUAUGAUUUCACACAGCUCCCAUGAGACUCAGUUUUGCUCACCAAACUAUGUGCAAGAGACCAAGAAGGCUUGUUCAGUGACAAGGGCUCCUUUACUCGCUCAAGAGCAUGUAAUUGCAGAAAGAAAGCGUCGAGAGAAACUCAACCAGCGGUUCAUAGAGCUCUCCGCUCUUGUUCCUGGCCUUAAGAAGACGGACAAAGCUACCGUGCUUGCAGACGCUAUCAAGUACAUGAAACAACUUCAAGAACGUGUUAAGACUCUUGAAGAACAAGCAGCACAGAAAACAAUGGAAUCAACGAUUAUUGUGAAGAAAUCUCAAAUCUCUUCUGAUGAUGAAACGUCUUCAUCCGAUGAGAAUUUCGAUACUCAAUCCAACCAGUACCUUCCCGAAAUCGAAGCUAGAGUUUCCAAUAGGGAUGUACUUAUUCGAAUCCACUGCGAGCAAAAUAAGGGAUGCUUAGUAAAAAUAAUUGGCGAAGUAGAAAAACUCCAUCUAAUGGUUCUCAAUAGUAAUGUGUUUUCAUUUGGAAACUCCACUCUUGAUAUAACAAUCGUCGCACAGAUGGACGCUGAAUUCGACUUGACGGUUCGGGAUCUUGUGAAAAACCUACGACUGGCUCUUCUGCAAAUCAUGAUGUGACGCAAAAAUCAGUCCCAUUUUAUGCUGCGCGAAGUUUGUUUAGAAUAAAAUCUAGGUUUAUUUUUUACCUGUAAUUACUGUUUGUUUUUCCCCAACCUUGGGAAAGAACAAAGGCCUGCAACGUCUUCUUUGUUUUGCUGCUAGGUUAAAUUUUGCAGGAGGGUUUUUACUGUGUUAUUUUUUAUCGUGGUUGACCUGUUGAUCACGUUCAAUCACCCACUUGCUGCAUUUAGAUACCGGCAGCUUUUAAUUCUCUGUUUUUGAGAGGCUUCGAACUUUCUAUUGUGGCCUCUUUCUCUUCUUUUAUCGAUGUAAAUGGUAAUGCAGGAAAAUCUCUCUCA